AUGUCCAUCACUCGCGUUGUUCAGUUGCAAUUCAAACCCGAUGUUGAUGUCAGCGUCAUCGACAAUCUAUCUUCACAAAUUCUCGGCAUGAAGAGCAAGUGCCUCGAUUCUGAAACAAAGAAACCAUACAUCGAGUCCAUUGGGGGUGGUCCCGAUAUCUCUGUUGAAGGGCUUCAGAACGGCAUCACCCACGCAUUCAUCAUAAAAUUCAAAAACCAGAUUGAUCGAGACUAUUACGCCCUCAACGACGCUGCCCACCAGGCUGUUAUCCAGGCACUUCAGCCGGCGAUUGAGAAGGUUCAGAUCAUCGACCUCGCCACAAGUGGGUAA